AGCAAAUAAAUAAGCAAACAAAUAAGCAAACAAAUAAGCAAACAAAUAAGCAAACAAAUAAGCAAACAAAUAAGCAAACGAACAAAUAAACUACCUUCGCCAACGGAGGGAGGAUAACCCGAACGCAUCAGCGCAUCAGCCCACUGAAAGAUUCCCACUCGGCACGCAAGAAAAGCGCGAAUGUAAAGAACGCACAGAUAAGUGUAAAGCGUAAAAAGAGGAACCUCGCGUAGCUAGCCAACCCUCGCGUAAUUUGCCAACCCUGUAGUAGCGCGCCACCCGCGAGAAAAACCACCUUGCCGCGAGAAAAACCGCCUUACCGCGAGAAAAACCGCCUUACCGCGAGAAAAACCGCCUUACCGCGAACAUGAAGAGGCACGUGUACAGCAUUUUGGUAGCCUGCCUGGUGUUUUACCUAAAGGAAGAUGUGCUGGUGGAGGGCGCGGACAUGCCCAUGAAGUACGCAGACAUGCGGGCACUAGACGACCUAACCAAUUUGAACGACGAGCAAGUGAAUGACAUCCUGGGGUUAGAUAUAAAAGGAGCCAAGGAAAGAAUAAGCAAACUCUUUGCCGUAAUUGACAAAAAUAAUGAUAAGGUAAUAACAGAAGAAGAGCUAACCGCGUGGUCCAAUUAUGUGAAGAAUGAGGUCUUCCUGAAGCAGGUGCAAGUGGAGAUGAAACAAAUUGAUGCAGAUAAGGAUGGGUUCAUAUCGUUACCAGAAUUGAAUGAGGCAUUUUCACAGAACCUAGAUGCAAAGGAGGUAGAAAAACACGCAGAGGGGUUACUAAAGAGGUUCCAAAUUGUAGACAAGGAUAAAGACAAUAAGCUAAAUAUAAACGAAGUGGGGUUGCUAAUCGAUCCGAUGAAGGAUGAAGAAUUGAAAGAGUUAGAAAUUAAUGAAAUUUUGGAACAUCAUGAUGUAAAUAAGGAUGGCAGAAUUUCAAUGGACGAGUUUAAACAGACAAGAACGGAUGACCCACAUGCCAAGAAAGAUGAUGAUGUUGCGCUCGACGAUUUUAACUUUUUUGAUACCAAUAAGGAUGGCUUUAUAGAUAAGGAAGAAAUUGUUAAGGUGUAUUUUGACCCUUCUAAUGAAACGGGUUCUAUUAACCUGACUGAAGUGAAGGAUACCAUCUUCGAGGGGAAGCCAAUUACUUUAGACCUUUGGAAUGAGAAGGCGCUCAAGCUGGCCGUCACCUCUUUGACGGAUUACGGAGAUAUUUUAAGAUACCCAGAAGAUUUUAAAUUGGACAUUGGGAAGAAUGUCGUGCUUCCUUCUACCAGAAGCAGAGCCGGCGUUGAUGACGACUUGGAUCAGGACGACGGCGCUUCGGGCGACAAGGACGACGGCGCGGAGGACGACACCACGCAGAAGACCCCGACCCCCGAUGAGUUGUAA